AUUUUUUUCUCCACUCACGGGAUACUGCCAGUGGCUUUGGUCGUGUUUUCCCUUUUGAGGAUUGUGGCCAGAAGCCGCGCCGACGAAGCCGCAAGCGCGUUCUUUAGAGUCACCAAGUGGUGUGGUUUGAGAUUGAGUCGAGGCUGGAGAGCGUCAAGUUUCUGGGCGCAGCAGCCUGUGGGACUUGGCGAAGCAGCCCCACCGGUCGUGAAGAUAUGAAAGUUACAUUCCCUUGCCGCUCGCCGGCGACUCCUUUCCAAAAGCUCUACCCCUCUUUACGUUGCCUGCACCUAUUUCUGUUCAAUUCUGCAGAGUGCCUGUCCUCCCUGUCCUCGCUCUUCAAAGCUUGCCUAGUCGACUUCCACCUUUCCAAAAUGCCUACCACCAUCCCACAGCCUCGCCCUUUCGGUUUUCAACCGCCACUCGCGGGAGUCGUUCAGAGAAGCGAGGAACUGUGCGGCUUAUGCAGUACCAUCGCCUUCCAUCAUAAUUUCUACCAUAAGAUGACCCAGGACAUCCGAUUAGGAACGUGGGAGGAGAUUCUGCGUAGCCAAUACUGUUCGUUUUGUCGACUCGUUGCUAGCGCUCUCAUAGCAAACCCCAAUCGGUCUCCACGAUACUUAGAUGAUCAAAUCAUUUUGAGCAACGAUGCGAGCUGGGAGCUUGGAGUGGAGCAAUCACCCUACGACAAACUGAAUUCAGACACGUACUCCAACAAGCUGGACCUAAGAUCGACCGCAAAACAGUGCCAAGAUGUUGCUUAUCGCCUUGUUGUCUAUGUCAAAGAUACUCCAGAAGUCAGGAGUUGUAUUCAGUAUUUAGCUCAUGGUGUGCGUAAGGAGGAUCAACAAUUUUUUGGCCGCCCGCUGGAUCGAGAGAAGGUUGAUACCUAUCUCUUGAAGAAAUGGCUCCGUCUCUGCGAAGAUUGGCAUGGUGAUAUCUGCGAACAAGAUGGAGUCAGUGGUCAAAAUUUACCGACGAAGUUGAGGCUUAUAGAUGUGGAAGAGAGAACGAUUGUGAAGGUAUCGACCGCUAGAGUGCAAUACUUGACCCUCAGCUACGUCUGGGGCACAGACGACAUGCUACGGGAAACUGGAAUGACUCCUGUAGUCACAAACAGAGCGGACAUCCGGUUUUCCUCAACUGGGGAGGAGCUUACCCCACUUCCUGAUCACCUGCCACAAACGAUUGAAGAUGCGAUAUCACUUACCCUUACUCUUGGCUUUCGAUAUCUCUGGGUCGAUGCCCUCUGCAUCAUCCAAGAUGAUCCCACUAAGGCGAAGAACCUCCAUCUAGAAAGGAUGGAUGCCGUUUAUAACUGUUCGACUCUUACAAUUGCAGCAGCAUCGGGGCUACAUGCCGACAGUGGAAUUCCUGGAAUUUCGGUACCACGCAAAAACUCCCCACGGCCGGAAAAAAUUCAAGGCAUGCACCUUGCUGCAAUGUCUCCGUCAUUUACAGAGUUGGAAAACUCACAGUCUUUGAUUUGGAACACCCGGGGGUGGACCUUCCAGGAAAAGAUUCUGGCCAAGCGAAUUCUCCUUUUCACGGACUAUCAGGUCUAUUAUAGAUGCUCAGAAUCUGUUUGGACGGAAGAAAUUGUCAACGAGACGAAAAGGUUAUCGAACAGCAUCGAAUCACGGCCGGGAAAAUAUCGAUGGGCCGCUGAUAGGCCUCGCCAUAAUGUGAGUGGGAAACUCCUUCUGCUUAAGAUGAUUGUUCCUCAACUCCAUGUGGAUGAUCAAUGGAGCUACCUAGGCAGAUUUCCCGACUAUGCUGCCGCCAUUCGAGAAUAUACUCAGCGGACUCUGACAAAUCCAAACGACAUUUUGAUCGCAAUCAGCGGUGUACUCAAAACUUUAAAGCCAGAUACAGGGCAAUUCAUCUGUGGACUUCCUAAAGCAUACUUUGCACAGUCUCUUCUAUGGUAUCCUGAGCCUGGAAAGAGGCACAUCCGAUCCGACCCAAAUUUGCCAUCUUGGACAUGGGCGGCGUGGCAUUGUGUUAAUGGGGUUGGAUACGAUGUUCUAGAUGUUCGUAUGAUUCGCACAAUCAUGAUCACGAUUCGGAAUUUGCUGGCACGUCUGGGCAAAGCUAUGGCGAAGGCAUCGAGUGGAUCCUCUGACUCCGACUCGUCGUCAUCGUCUGACUACAGUGGUGACAGCGGCUCUUCGUCAUCUUCGACUUCAUCUUCGACUUCGUCUUCCUCCCCCUCAACCUACUAUCCCUACGAGCCACCCAAGAAGAAGCGUGACUGGAGUACCAGGAAGAUUGUCGGCAAAGCCAGCGGUAAUAUCGUAGCAUGUUUCGGUUGGCCCCUGGCAGUUCGUGACCACACUGUUAAGCACAUGUUCUACUGCGCAGAAAAGAAAGUCACUCCUCUAAACUGCGAGGAGACAUUAUCCCUCCACACUUUCAUGGCAGACGGUACUAUGUUUAAGGAGAACGAAAACAACAGCUCGAAAUCGAGUCGGAGCCGCCAAGACCUUCAGGACAUAGCGCGAAAAUACAGAUUUCCGUUACUUUCGAUGGAAACUAUUAUUGUCAAGUUGAAUAUCGGUCGGUGCUUGCACCACAUCCUCCCUACUCACGACGACGAUGCGAGUGUCUUUGAACUCGUUGAUCACAACGGCUCUUGUGUCGGCGAGGUCUGGACAACCCUGAGGCUAGCGAAAGAGGGGAGGGAGGAACCUCUCGAGUUCCUGACCAUCAACUGGGGUCUCUCUCUCAGCGUAGCGGAAAUUGACGAAGCUUUCAUCCCAAGAUGGACCUUUGAUAGUGCUAAGCUGCCAGAGUCGCAAAUAUUCAUGAACUGCCGCUCGUUCUUCGAGGAAGCAUUACGCCCAGCGCCUUCAAAAGGGUUGAUGGGCAGGUACGGAGUGAACUCCGCUCAGGCGGAACAGCCUUCUGUGAUGAAAUUUUUAGAUGCUUUGUUCACUGCUAAGAAAGGACAACCUCGGCCAAAGUUCCUUUGGUCGACGGUAAAUUUGAUUUUGGUUGAGUGGGAUGGGCCAAUUGCUCGGCGGGUAGGCGUGGGGAAGGUCAUCUUUAGUGCCUGGUUGCUUGCGCGAGAGUUGUUUAGUACGCCUGAGGAGGUCAUCCUUGCUUGACAGCUUGGUAUCUUUGGGGAAAAGUAAAACGACCCUCCCCUUCCCCCCGGUGUCGAUUUGGGGUGUCGAUGGGGGCCACACUAACCGAAAUCAGCAAGCGGUAGCAGGUGCGCGUAUAUUACUUUGUAUGCACCAAUAUGUGCAAAUCAAUGUAUAUUGGCACCUAAUGCGCGUAUCGUAUUCUCUGCUCUGAUGGCUUGUUAUUGUUAUUAUUAUAUUCAGACAAAUUUAGUUAUAUCGCAAUUAGUCAAAAUAAAAAUAAAAAUUAGGGUCUUGCAG